CCGACGCACUAAAUCUCUCUCUCUUUCCCCCUCUCUCUCUCUCUCUUCUUCUUCUCCUCCUCGGAUUGUCAGCAUUUUUGCUUCAUUUUAUCCACCACAAGUAACAUCUUCCGUGCUUUGGGUUUAACACAGAGCCAGUUCUGUCAGCCGAUCACUUUUAAACCAUGGAGUUUCUUCAGAAACUGCUGUCUGGUUUCAGACUUGAUCUGGGACCCUUAAAAGAGCCACUGGGAUUUAUUCGCCUUCUGGAGUGGCUCUUCACCAUCUUCGCCUUUGCCACUACUGGGGGAUACGUGGGGUCCCUGACCAUGACGCUCAACUGUUCAGAAAAAUCUGAAGACAUUACAGCAAAUUUUGGCUAUCCGUUCAGACUUCAGAGUCAACCAUUUACCAUCCCGAGCUGCAACGCCAGCCAAACAGGCAACGUCACUUUCCUGAGGGGUGACUACUCGUCUUCCGCCGAGUUCUAUGUGUCUGUGGGCGUCUUUGGAUUCCUGUACUGCACCUUCACCCUCAUUCUGUACCUGGGCUACCAGCACAUCUACAGGGAAACCACCCGGGGACCCAUUGUUGAUCUGGUUCUGACUGCCGCCUUUGCGUUCCUGUGGCUGGUGUCGUCCUCUGCGUGGGGAAAAGGACUGACCGAUGUGAAAUAUGCCACCAACCCCGAUACGCUGCUGGAUUACUGCAAUCCAAAGUGUGUGACCAAGCUCGCCCCCGCCAUGGGACGCCUUAAUUCCUCUGUGGUCUUCGGCUUCCUCAACCUCAUCCUGUGGGCAGGAAACUGCUGGUUCAUUUAUAAGGAGACUCCGUUCCACAAGCCUGCUCAGCCUUCCUCCAACAUCGAGCAGGGAGGCAGCUCCUAAUUGGAUAACUCGGACUCCACCCACUCCAUUCAGGCCAAUCAGAAAUUAGAGUAAGCUACAGCGGGUUCAGGCAGACUCGUCCUAAAGUAAAGUUUGAUACCGGUGCUCCGGGCCGGCUGCUGCUUUCCCCGGGGCAGAACACUCACUCGGGGUUUCAGCACAAAGCGUCUGUCUCGGUUGCGUUGCCCGGGGCAGGUCUUUCUUAUUAUCUCGAUCCCAUUAAUUGUUUUGCAUCAUUACUAAUCCUCUCUCAUUCACCGUGUAUACAGUUGAGUGCAAAAAAUAUAUAUAUUAUUUUUGUCUACCAGCAGCGCAGACACGUUCCUUCAUCCCACAAAUGAUGCAUUAUUAGUGAAAAAGCUAAAGUAGUUAAAAACUUUGCAUUCUUCUUUCUGAUUGUGAUUUAAAUAUAGACGUUCUUUAAUAACUUUAUCUUUAGUGUUCAUACUUUAGCUUUAACUAAUCUUUAAUAAAGUCUAAGGAGCCUGUUUGUUCCUGUUCAGUUAUCAUGAGAUGCCCAUAUUCAGCCACAACACUAUAUCAUCCACACGUGUUUCUCAUUGAGUCUAGUGUGGUCAGUGUAAUUAGUGCCAUUUUCCACUUUUCUUGAUGCACAUUUAAAAAACAUAGACUUAACCUUUUUUUUGUUUCUUUGUCUUUCGACACCUGCUAGGAUUUUCUUGCCUCUGCAUCUCUUGCGAUCUGGGUCAGAUCCGUCAGAGAAUCUUUGCUCCUUUUUCCUUUAUAAAUUCUCUUUAGUUCUGAAGAUUAAGUCUCAAGGUUCGUCACAAAACUAGUUCUUUGGUCUGUUUCACGUUGUGUCGACCUUCUAGUUUCAAAAAUGAUGAUGGGGGAGGUGCAGACUUUUGCACUCAACUGUAUUGCACUUACAGUAUACACACACACACACACACACACACACACUUAUAAGCCACUGAUGAACGUUUCUUGUUGUGUUUCUUAUAUAAACCUGUUUGGGUUUUUUUUUUUGUUUCACAUUUGACAAAAUCUGCUCUCUCUUUCCUCUUUGUACCAAUUGUGAGCUUUACCAUUUAGAAACCCCGCCCACUUAACAACACAUGCCUUCCACACACACACCAGUGCACUCAGAUGUUACACACUUAUUGUAUUUAUAGUGUAUGAUUUAAAGAUGUCUACAUCUACACAAAGUGCCUCAUCUGAACGAUCCUCUGUCUCUCUGGGUCGUUUAAUAACAGCGUGAGGUUACGAUACAGAGACGAGUCCUCCAGCUCCUCCUACACUUUCCCAGUGCGUUGGGAUAAAUGACUUGACCUCCAGCCACAUGAUUGUUUCGAAGGAAAGAAAAAAAUCGGAACUAUUAAACACUAAUUUCCUUCUUUUUUAGUUUCCUAAAUACUAGUUCCUGUUUAUUGAAAUCAGAAACAUGCGUGUACAUUUUCCUAAAUAAUUGCCAGCGUCUGUGUUUUAUAUACGAUCGCAUAAGUACGUCUGUAAGGCUCUGGAAUGGAGAAACGUUCACUUACAUUAAUCUCUCUGUUACUUGAGAGCAGGCUGGUGCUGAUAUCUGUAAUCGGCUCAUAACGAUAACAGCCUCCGUUCUUUUUGUCUUCAGUUUUUCUUCAGUGAACUGUUCAGGGUUCUCUCUGAAAAAGGACACACAAACAUUCGCAUCUGAGAUAAGAAUGGUGGAAAUGUUGCAGGUUUAUCGGCACGUGUCUGCUUAAGAAUAAUUAUUAAGAUCAUUUACAGUCUCUUCAGUUUGGGUUUUUUUGUUUAUUUUUCCUAUAUAUUAUUUUUUUUACUAUAUAUAUCGAUGAUUCGGCUUCUUCCUGUGCUUGUGCGAUAUGAAAGCCUUAAAAAUACCAUGCCUUCAUCUCUAAUCAUAGCUUUUUUUUUUUUAACAACACAAUGUUUCACGUGAAUAUAUAUAUAUAUAUAUAUAUAUAUAUAUAUAUAUAUAUAUAUAUAUAUAUAUAUAUAUAUAUAUAUAUAUAUAUAAUUUCAAACUGACUGGUUUGUUCAUAAGUUUAAGGUAAUGACGGACAGCAGUGGAGACAGAGGUCAGUUCUGUCUCAGCAGUACUUAAGGGCGUGCCUGUUUUCAGAUAGCUUCAGCUCUCGGAUGUUUCCAUACCUCCUUGAAAGUCCUUGAAGUUAAAUGUCUUGUUCAGUGAAAUACAUUUGUUCUUACACUGUAAUUUGUAUCAGAAAAAAAAAUACACAUCAAUUGAAUUUGCAUUUUGCAGGGUGUUUUUUUUUUUUGUUUGCAUUUUCUGUGUUGUAAAGUAUUAAAUGAAGAGAGCUUCA